AUGACUCAGGGCUCUGUUAGAAAUUAAAAUGAAACUAUGUUCUUUAUUUCCGCAGUCAAUUUGAUUUUUGGGAUAACGAAGUCAGAAAUGUUCACAAUCAUAUCUAAUGCAAUCCUCUUUGGUUUGAUUUUAAGUAAGUAAAGUUGAUGCUUAUCUGAAGUUUAUUUGUUAUACAAGUACAAGAGUCAUAGAAAACAACUAAUUUUCGAACAAGUCAUCGUAGUGUAUUAUUGCUGUUUCCAAUUGGUUCUACGAGGAGUACCUGCUAUUUGGUUUAAUAUAUUUUCGAUAUCAUUGGACUAACAUCUAGUUUAAUUUGUAACCUUACUAAUUGUAAUCGCAUUCACUUGCGCAUAAGUUCAACCGAUGGCAGAGAUUAGUAUACUUUAAUCAAUUUUAGAAUAAUUGAUUCUGAUUAUCAUAUUUCUUUACAAAAAGUACAAUUUCACCAAUCUUAAGAAGCAAACUCAAAAUAAACUGCUAAAACAGAUCAUUAAAAACGUAAGGUAUUACACAUUCGACCAAAAGUAAAAUGAAAUUAACGGAGACAACUUAAUGCCAUCAGAACAAAUCUAAAUAUCAAAUGCCACAUUAUUUUCAUCUCGUUCUGAAAAUCAGAAAUUGCAAUCUCAAAUCAGAAAGGAUAUCAAAAUCAAAUGUUAUACCAAACAACAACUGGACAUGGCUCAGGAAUCCCAACUUCUCACUUUAAAGCCCUCAGUUUUUGAUACUAUUGCUGGAUUUCUGGAAUUCUACCAAAAGUGUAAGCAUUAGAUGAAGGAUAAUGUGAUUUUAGCAUCUGAAUACGAAGAACUAACAGGACAAAAACAAUAAUAUAGAUUAUAUAUAGAAUAAUUUAAAUAAAUUCAAAAAGUUUACACUCUAGUUGCAUUUGUUAGUUUGCAAGAUAAAAUACCAUCAAAGCAAAAUAAAUACAUAGAUAAGUUUAAGUUAAGUUUGUCCAAAAUAUUUACACACAAAUUGAAGACUCCUCUCAACACCACUCUAGGAUUCCUAUAAGCCAUUGUGCAAGAUAACAACACAAUAGAUGAAUAAUUAAAGUCUAAUUUUUUGAAGCCUGCCUUUAUCAAUUCAAAAAUCCAAUAUUAUUAAGUCUAGGAUAUUUUAGAUUAUGUUAAUUCAGCAAAACUAGUUACUUUUAAAGUGAGUAAGGUCAAUUUACAUAAGACUUUGCAAUUGAUUUACGACAUGAUCGAAUUGCAAUGUCGAGCUAAGUAGAUUCAAGUCAUCUUUACAGUUAAUUCCAAACCCUUUGAUAUAAAUGAGAGGUAUUUGAUUACUGCAUUUUAUGAUAGACCAAUAUACUUAUCGACUGAUUAGUUAAGAUUGGAGCGAAUCCUAUUCAAUUUACUGAACAAAUCAUAUAGACACACAUAAAUCAAAGGGAAAAUUCAAUUAAAAGUGGAUGUAUUGACUGAAAAUAAUUAAGUUUAAUUCAAGAUUAAUGAUAAUGUUUAAGGAUUCAAGUAAGAACAAUUUGAAUAAAUCAACAAUUUUGCUAAACUAUAAAACUAAUGCAUCAAUGGAUUUCGCAAUUCAAUUGCCAAAAGAUCUACCUUCAAGUUUAGCCUCACACUAUAGAUCACGAAUAAAUUAAUUUAUUUUCUUAGUGAUUUUAAGUGUUCCUUAUAAAUAAACCAUGAUUUGGAUGAUGGAGCAAGCUAUCACUUUUUUAUCAGUCUCAACUGCCAAUAAGAAACUCUGUAGUAGUCAUUCGAAAUCAGUUAGAGGAAUUUGAGUUUCUAGAGAAAUAGGUCUAAUUCACUUAAAAAACAUCUACCAAAUCACAUAUCAUUAUUUACAAGCAAUAAGAAUCAAACAUCGUAUAUCAUACAAUUAUAUGUAGGGAUAAAAUCUUAGAAGAAUAUGAGAUUGAUGCUGAACCCCUUGCAAAUAAACCGCUUUAAUUGAGCACUUAAAUGGUUCAAACCUCUCCAAAAAGUACUCUAUUAAAGAACCAACCACUCCAACAAAGCAUCCUUCCUUUUCACAAAUCUAUGUUUCAAAAGGAAAUCAUUGACAAAUCACUAACUAUUUCGAUGGCUUUUGAUCACUCUUUCAAUGUGAAACGUAUUACAGAUUCCAUAGACAUCAGACAAGACAUGAAUCAAACCAUUAUGUUAGUUGAUGAUGAGCCCUUCAAUCAUGACACUCUGAAACUUAUGCUCAAGAGUUUAGGAUUCAAAAAUUUUAUUAGUGCCUACCAUGGCUAAUAAUGUAUAGAAUUAGUAACCAAACAUUACAAAUCUAUCAAAAUUAUCUUCAUGGAUCUAGAUAUGCCUAUAAUGGGCGGAAUUAAAGUAUAUAUGCAUCUUAAGUUCCAUCUCUAGGCUACAAAGGCUCUCAUCCAAUAGAUGUAAGACGGUGAAAUCGAUUAUAUACCAAUCGUUGCUUGUACUGCGCAUGAUGAUAAAGAUACUCAAUAGGAAUGUCUAAUGGCAGGAAUGAUUUGUAUCAUUGCUAAACCUGUAUUUAUAAGGAGUUUGUAAGAAACAUUUUUGAGAAUUAAUGAAGUCAAAGUUAAAUCUUAAAAUAUUAUUUUUGGAUCCAAAGUAAUUUCGUCAAGUAUUAAAUGAUAACAUUAUGAGUCUCUAUUUGUGUGUUUAUAUUUUUUAUUAACCUAAAGGCCAUUAAAAUAUCUUUUCGCAUUUAAAAUAUAGAAGAGUUGCUUUGCUUAUUAAAAGGAUAAAAAGGCUAUCCUUAUAUUUUUAUUCGUCAGAAUAUAUUUUAAUUUUUAUUACCCAGAAUGAUUUUAUAAAUCAUUAAAUUCCAAUUAUUGUUAGGAUUUCUCAUUCUGCCUGAGAUAAUCAAAGGUAUAAUAGAGUAUUAAAUCUCUAUUUUGAUAUGUACUACGUUAUUGCUUACCCUACAAAUUAGUAAGAAUGCCUAAGUUGAUUAUUAGCCUAACUUAUAUUGAUUCUACAAUGUAAAAGAUUUGAGGAGUCGACUUACUUCAUCCUAAUAAGCUAUAAUAUUAUUCAGCUUCUCCAUUAUGGAGCCCAGUCAAUUUGGUUAACAUUUUGUCUAUUGCAAAUUUAUUAAACAAGUAAAUUGCAAAUGUAAAGGCACUGUAAAGCCUUAUAAGCAACGAUAAGCAUCAUUCUAUUUUCAAUCCAAUAUGAAGGUAACCUAGUUUAUUCAUAAUUUUAAUCAAUCAUAUAAAGUAUUGCAUUUUUACUGUAUUAAAUUAAAAAUAUGGAAGGCUCUCCUUCAAUUAUUGAGGUGGCAUAAAAUGAAAUUCUGCAAGAAUUAAAGAAACAAAUAAUAAUUUAAAUAUUUGAUUCAAAUUAUAGGGACAUUACUCCGAGUAGCUCAACGCUAUUAGAGAUUAAUCCUUAUGUAUAAAUGACAUAAAAUACACAAAUGGACAAACAUCAGCAAUUCUACAUUAAAUGUUAUUAGGACUAGGAUUUUGCAAGCGGUUCUGAUUAAAAUACGAACAAACCAUAAUAACCGGUAUUUCAGGAUUGCCUUUCCUUUCUUAAUUUCAUUAAUGGUUAGGAUUUGCUCGACAGCAAUGAUUACAACCAUUACAUAGCCUCUUCAGUAGACACAUCAAAGAAUAUCAAGUAAUAAUUUCAGGUUAUGCAUAAAUCAAUUGAUUCAGGAAAUUUAUAAAUAUUAACCUUUUUAAAGAUUGACAACUUCAUAAUAAAAUAAACCAAAAAAAAGUUUCAUUAAUUUUAAAAACAAUUCACUGAUCUUUUUGCUCAUAAACUAAAAACACCCUUAAAUGCUACUUUGGGGUUCCUUUCUACAGCCUAUAACAGCAAUGAUGUGGAUAGUUAAACAAAAUCCAAUUUUAUUAAACCUGCCUAUAUUAACUCAAAAUUGCAAUAUUUUUAAAUUUCUGAUUUAUUGGAAUUUUUAAGUACACAGCCAGACCAAAUUACAAUUUAAUCUAGUAAAAUAUAUAUGAAAUAAUUUUUACUAUAAUUGUCAGAACUGAUUGAAUCCUAAUGCAAGAACAAAAGAAUUCUAUUACAAGUUUUUGUUGAAUAAGUUCCAUUGCAAAAAAUCGAGAAGUACAAAUAAUCAUUAAUUUACUAGUUUUUACAUCAUAUCAGAUGUGAUCAAAUUGGAAAGAGUAUUAUAUAAUAUUUUAAACUUUUCUUAUAGACAUACACCCUCAGGUGGGUAAAUUAGUUUGAAUAUCAAUUUUAGUUAGGAGCGGACAGUAGUAAAUUUUGUUAUUGAUGGAAGUGGAGAUUGUUUUAGUGAGGAUGAUGUUGAAAUUAUUAAUUAAUGGAUCAAAUAAUAAUGGGAUUUUCAAUUCAAAAAGAAACACUUAGUGAUUAAAAAGGAGUUGAAAAUGUCAUUAAAGAUUACAAAUAAUCUAAUCAAUAUUUUAAGUUCCUAAGAAUAACAUUUAGAAGUAGCUUAAUCUGAAUAAGGUGUGGAGUUUAGAUUUAAACUUAACAUCAAAGAGAGUAAGUCAGUGGAAAGUUAAUAAGAAAUAUAAUCUGUUGGAAAUAUGCUCAGAUAUAGAAGUUUGAAAAACAUGAAAAGCUCUUAAAAUAAUUGUGGAACCAUUAAAUCCAUAUUCACAUCUAAAGAAUCAAAUUUAUAAAUAAAUUCAUUAAAUGCGAUUGAUGAACCCUAGGCCAAUCAACCACUUACCAAUAAAAUCAAUUUUUUUUAAUUAUCAAGGAAACACAAAAACUAAUAGCAGUUAUGUUCUUCAUUGAUAAAUAAAGGUGUAAUUGAUGCUGAUAAAUCAAUCCUCAUUGUGGAUGAUGAACCCUUCAAUCAUGAUACUUUGAUCAUGAUGAUGAAAUAAAUGGGAUAUUAACAUUUCCUUAAGGCUUUCAAUGGACAAUAAGCUAUUGAAAUGGUUUAAGAAUACUAAUAGAAUAUUUUGUUGAUUCUUAUGGAUUUGGAUAUGCCAAUCAUGGGAGGAAUCGAAGUAUCUUAUCACCUAAUAAUUAGGCUACUAAACUAUUAGUGUAAAUGAUGAUUGAUUUAGAAAUGGCUUAUGUCCCAAUAAUAGGGUGCACUGCUCAUGAUGAUAGAGAAACUUUGGAUUUGUGCAUUCAAAUCGGAAUGCUCCAUGUGGUUUAGAAACCAGUAUUUGUGAGAACCUUGAGAGAGGCAUUUUAAUACAUAAUACACCACGAAGAUGCUAAAAAGCGAUCAUAAUACUUCCUUACUUCCUAGUUGUAAAUUUGA